UCCAGUGAAGCUGAUAUGUCAGGAUUAAUGGUCGGAGUUCCCAUGUCCUGGAAGAAUGUGAGAAUUAAAUUAGUUCACUUACAUGAGGCACUUGGCAUAAAGCAAGCCUUCCCUAUGUGUCAGCUCUUUGUCAUCACUUUCGUUGUCACUCUCCAUCUCAUAGCACCUCCAGCUUUUUGUCCAGCGACCAGCUCUACUCACAGCGCCCCCUGUCUGCCAUGCAGGGGGUGGUCCGUCUGCACCUUGUUCAGCCCAUACCCUGGGUUCUCGUCCAACCUGCCCCUGAAUUACUGUGUGACUGUGAGCACAUCAUUGUCCACUCUGACCAUCGCCUUCUGCACCUGUAAAAUGAGACUAAUGCCACUUCACGCAGCCCCUGGGAAAAUAACUCUGCGCCUACAGGGUCACAUCCAGGAAAGACGAGAUAUAAAAAGUUACAACUUCCCCAACACGUAAGGAGUUAUUCAGCCGGCAUUUGUCACGCCCUGCCUGAGUGCUGGGAAUAGCAAGAUGAUUAAGGCAGGGGCUUGCUCUCAAGGAGCUCUUGGGUUUCUUGCUGGGAUGCAGGUACACUUGUCUGGAACCUUUAGGUGGGGAGUUAUGUAAGCCCAACUCCAACCAGCUUAAUUAAGCCAAAAGGGAAAUUUACUGAUUCAUGAAAUAAAUGUUCAGGAGUAAAGUUGCCAUUAGGCAUGCCAGCGUCCAGGCCUCACGGUCACCACAAACCGCUUCAUCUUUCAGUUCUGCUUUACCCUCGUGGCGGCAGAGUCAGCCCCCAGCAGCAGGGUGGGAGGGCACUGCCCCAGUGGGUCUCCUUUGACCACAUGUCCGUCUCGGGGGUGGAUGCGUGGGUUGUGCCAGGCCCACCCUGCAAGCCAGGGUAGAAACCACCCUCCCAAGCCCCGGGGGCCGAGAGAGGGGCCGGUACCGAAGAAAGGGGAACUGAUGCUGAGCAGGAAGAGGAACAGAGCACAGGCCCAUUCAAGAAACUGCUGAAAAUGCGGAGCAAGGCAAGGAUUGAGUCAAAUCUGGUCUGAAGACGAGUUAUCUCACUAUGUGCACAAGAAGGAUGGGAGAGGAACCUGCAGCCAGGGAGAAGAUGAGCGUGGGCUGCCCAGAGCCGGAGCCGCCCCACUCCCUGCCCUGCUGUGGGCUGGGGACCGCCCCUGGGCCGGGGGCGGGCGUGCCCCUCCUCACGGAAGACAUGCAGGCGCUGACCCUCCGCACCCUGGCUGCCAGCGACAUCACCAAGCACUACGAGCUCGUCAGGGAACUGGGCAAAGGCACCUACGGGAAGGUUGACCUGGUGUCCUACAAGGGCACAGGCACAAAAAUGGCGCUGAAGUUUGUCAACAAGAGCAAAACAAAGCUGAAGAACUUCCUGCGGGAGGUGAGCAUCACCAACAGCCUCUCGUCCAGCCCUUUCAUCAUCAAGAUGUUCGACGUGGUCUUCGAGACCGAGGACUGCUACGUCUUCGCCCAGGAGUACGCGCCCGCCGGGGACCUGUUUGACAUCAUCCCUCCCCAGGUGGGGCUCCCCGAGGACACGGUGAAGCGCUGCGUGCAGCAGCUGGGCCUGGCGCUGGACUUCAUGCACGGGCGGCAGCUGGUGCACCGCGACAUCAAGCCCGAGAACGUGCUGCUGUUCGACCGCGAGUGCCGCCGCGUGAAGCUGGCCGACUUCGGCAUGACGCGCCGCGUGGGCUGCCGCGUGAAGCGCGUGAGCGGCACCAUCCCCUACACGGCGCCCGAGGUGUGCCAGGCGGGCCGCGCCGACGGCUUCGCGGUGGACACGGGCGUGGACGUGUGGGCCUUCGGCGUGCUCAUCUUCUGCGUGCUCACGGGCAACUUCCCGUGGGAGGCGGCGUCGGGGGCCGACGCGUUCUUCGAGGAGUUCGUGCGCUGGCAGCGCGGCCGCCUGCCCGGGCUGCCCUCGCAGUGGCGCCGCUUCACCGAGCCCGCGCUGCGCAUGUUCCAGCGCCUCC